UAUUUUGUUUAAUUCAUGAGAGCUGUUAUAAUAACGUGUAGGCUACAGACUGCCGCAAUACAAGGUCGAGUGGGAAAGGAGGAUGUGGACGGCGUUGACAUGGCUUACAGAGUGAGUGAUCAUGCCAGGACUUUGACUGUAGCAUUAGCAGAUGGAGGCCGCCCAGAUAACACUGGCAGAGGGUAUGUGCUGAGAAGAAUUCUUCGUCGUGCAGUCCGGUAUGCUACGAGAAAAACUCAGUGCGAAGCCAGGAAUGUUGCAUCUCUUGUGGACAUUGUUAUUGAACUCCUGGGUGAUGCAUUCCCAGAAGUCAGAAAAGAUCCUGAAACGGUUAAAGAGAUCAUCAACGAGGAGGAGGCACAGUUUUUGAAGACACUCUCACGAGGCCAUAGGUUGCUGGAACGCAGCAUAAACAAACUUGGAAGCUCAACUGUUCUUCCAGGUGAUAUAGCGUGGCGCUUGUAUGACACUUAUGGCUUUCCUGUUGAUCUGACACUUCUAAUGUCUGAAGAAAAGGGGCUGAGCAUUGACAUGGAGGCAUUUGAAAAGGCCAAGCUUCACUCUCUGGAAAUGUCACAGGCAGGGGGAGCCACUGUGGAUGAUCAGAUCAACCUGGAUGUCCAUGCAAUCAAUGAACUGCAAAACCGUGGAGUGACACCCACAGAUGACUUGCCAAAAUAUAGUUACACUGCAGACAUUGAAGGAAAUUACACAUUUGAGGCUACCAAAGGCAAAGUGAUCGCUUUGAGAUGCAACAAGCAGUUUGUGGAGGAAGUGACCACAGGACAGGAAUGUGGAGUGCUGCUCGACCGAACAUGCUUCUAUGCAGAGCAGGGAGGGCAGAUCUACGAUGAGGGCUUCAUGGUCAAAGAUGGAGAAGAGGAUGUGGAGUUCAAGGUCAAGAAUGUUCAGGUGCGAGGAGGCUAUGUCUUGCACAUUGGCAUAAUUGAGGGCACACUCCGAGUUGGGGAUGUCAUGAACCUUUCUGUUGAUGAACCCAGAAGAUGUUCCAUCAUGAAGAACCACACAGGCACUCAUAUUCUGAACUUUGCCCUGAGGGAGGUGUUAAAAGAAGCAGACCAGAGGGGCUCUCUCGUUGCGCCUGACCGCCUGCGAUUUGACUUCACAGCAAAGGGAGCCAUGUCAGUGAAAGAAGUGCAGACUGCAGAGGAAAUUGUAAAUAAAAUAACUAGCAAGAAUGAGGAGGUGUAUGCAAAGGAAACUGCCUUGUCUGUCGCCAAGAGUAUCCAAGGUCUGCGUGCAGUCUUUGAUGAAGUGUACCCUGACCCUGUUCGAGUAGUUUCUGUUGGUAUUCCGGUGGAACAGUUAGAAUCUGACCCCAUGGGACCUGGUGGCUCCUUAACUACAGUAGAGUUUUGUGGAGGAACGCAUCUUCGAAGAGCAGGUCAUAUUGGACAGUUCUACAUUGUGUCAGAAGAAGCCAUUUCUAAGGGCAUUCGUCGCAUCAUAGCUGUCACAGGAACUGAAGCUGCUAAGGCACAACAUCGUCUGGAAGUUCUGGAGAAAGCUGUAGCAGAACUGAAAGAAAAGGUGGAGAAAAACUCAACAACAAGGGAGUGUUUGGACAAAAAGCUAAACAGGGAGAUUGUGUCUUUGGAUGAUGAAGUUGCACAGAGUACAAUCUGUUACUGGAAGAAGGAUGCAAUCCGUGCUCAACUGAAGGGACUGAAGACUAUUCUUGACAAUUUGGAUAAAGCCAGGAAGGCAGCAGUCCUCACUGAGGUUGUUGAGCAAAGCAAGCAGCUUAUUGAUGCGUCUCCUAACCAGAAGUAUGUGGUUCAUGAGUUCAAGGCUGGCUCUAAUGCAAAGGCACUAGAUGCAGCCAUGAAGCAAUACAAGACUCUCAGCCCCAGUACUUCAGCCAUGUUCUUCUCAGUAGACGAUGAGGCUGGCAAGAUCUUGUGUAUGGCCAUGGUACCUAAGGAUGUUGCUGACAAUGGACUGACAGCAAAAGAAUGGGUUGACAAGGUUGUGGGGCUCAUUUCUGGAAAAGGUGGAGGCUCAAACGUCUCAGCACAAGCUACAGGAUCCAACAUUGCUGCACUGUCACAGGCCAUGGAUGUUGCCACCAAAUUUGCCCAGUUAAAACUAUGAACUCUUUUAAUUAACGGUGAAGAACUUUCUGGAGAUUCUCAAGAAUAAAAAAAACAUCUUUUCUUUCUUCGAAGUUACUUUAUGCCAACAAAUACAACAAUACAACAUUGGAAUGCA